AUGCAGACAGCAGACACGCGCGUCCCUCACGCCGCUCGCCCUCCAGCAACCGUCAACUUUCGUCCCUACUUCCUUCUUACUUCUUACUUCCUUCUUACUUCCUUCUCACGACCUGCAAGGGAAGGGGAUUGGGUGGUGGGUGUCUCCCGUUGCAGCCCGCGGUUGCAGACGUGCAGACAGCAGCCACUCGCCACUCCCUCCCACCGUGUUCGCGUCCGUCCAAAUUUCCAGAAGUCGCUCGCCACCCGCACGCCCCCGCGCGUGCAUCCUCACGCGUCUUCCCACGCGCCCCCGCGUUCGCAUUCGCCCUAUUCUCCAUCCGCGCACCCGCUCAUCUCGUUGUCCGUACACCCCUGCCUGCGCGUGCAUCCUCGUGGGUCUUCCCAUUGCAGCCGUGCAGACGGCAGGCAGACACACGCGCGCGUCCCUCUCUCACGUCGCUCGCCCUCCACCCUGCAUCACCUCCACCAACCGCACUUCACACUGCCUUCGUACUUCCUUCUCACGACCUGCAAGGGAAAAGGGGUUCGGUGGGUGUCUCCCGCUGCCGCCUGCGGUUGUUCCAGCAGACGUGUAGAGAGCAGACACACACGCACAGCCCCCACCAGCCUUCCUGCUCACGUUCCGCUCGCUCGCGCCCCAUGCUCUGAACCUCCGUGCGUCUUCCCAUCAGCGCCCGCGGUUGUCCCAGCAGACGUGCAGACGGCAGACGCGCGCCACUCGUUCGUUCCUUGUGCCCCAGACGCGCCAUUCCUCGCCACUCACUCGCUUCACUUUAGACCUGCAAAAGGGGGGGAUUGGUGGGUGUCUUCCGUUGCAGCCUGCAGUUGUCCCAGCAGAUGUGCAGACAGCAGACACACACGUGCGCGCUCCCUUUACCCGCCCGCGUCUUCUGGUUGUCCUACUCGCUCGUUUCCCUUCUUCAUGUUCACUCGCGUCUUCCCAUCAGCACCUGCGGUUGUCCCAGCAGACGUGCAGACAGCAGAUGCGCAACACCCGCUACGACCGACCCUCGCCCCACGCGCGUUCACGCCUCAAGCCCGCACUCCUGUGUCUUCCUAUCAGCACCCACGCUUGUUCAACGGACGUCCAGACAGCAGACACAACCACCGACUCCCAUCCAACGAGUUUGCUUCUUUGCUUCUCAACCUGCAAGGGGGAUGGCGAGUGUCUCCCGUCACCGCCUGCGGUUGUCCCAGCAGACGAGCAGCCAGCAGACACACACAACUUGUCACGGCCGUCGCCUGCGCGUUCACCCCUCGAGCCCACACCCGCGCCCUCGUGUCUUCCCAUCAGCACCCGCGGCUGUUCAACGGACGUGCAGACAGCAGGCACGCAGCCUCACAUCCAACGCGUUUGCUUCUCGACCUGCACGGAAAAAGGGUUGGCGAGUGUCUCCUGUCGCCGCCUGCGGUUGUUCCAACAGACGUGCAGCCAGCAGACGCGCCAAUCAAUACCGUUCCUCGCCCCACCCUCGUUGGUCACUCGUGCUCGCUCGGCCCGUGCACCUUCUCAAAUGCCCCUCUGGUGGUGCUUCAAGAUCCUGCAACAAAGAAGGGGGUGUGGUUCUCCUGCAGCCUGUGGUUAUCCCAGCAGACGUGCAGCCAGCAGACACGCGCCACUCGAUCCCGCUCGCGUUCGCCCACACCCGUUCUUCUCUCCCUCGCGUUCGCCUGGAAACGUUUUAGCACAGCCGCCACAGAGCCACCGGUUUUAACCUGCAAACACAAGCGCAUCCCGUGCGUCUUCCCGUCUCAGCCGGUGGUUCUUCACUCGGCCGUGCAGACAGCAGACACAUGGCGUCCAUUCGUUGUGUGUGUUCAAGCCCCGAUCAGCACCCCGCCCUUUGCGCCUCAACGGUCGCUCGCCCACAGUGCUUCCUAG